AAAUUACAAAAAUAUUAAUCACCAUUUCCCAAAAUCUAGAUGGCUUAAUUUUCUUACCAUACACAAUGUGUAUUUAACUUUCAGUUUACAUUAUUUUUGUAUAUUUUUUUUGUCAUGGGUUUGUCUAAAUUAUUGUUUAGUUCUAGAUAUUGUCAGAAUGGGGUGUGGUACAUGGGCCGAAGGCUGUUGGCCUCCGAAGCCGGUCACUCACCUUGUGAAAGCAGUGGUCAUAAGGAAUCAGCAAAAAGUGGAGGCAGUGCAGGAGCCGUGAAUUCGAAAGCGGCAGUAUGCGGUGUGUAUACUACAGAAGGCCAGUUCGAGCUGACUGGGUGGGCUAAAAACGUUGAUGCAGCGGCCGGUAAUAAACUCACCCAGCAUCUCAACGUGCUGGGGCCUGAAUUUAAAGUGGGGCAAGCGGUCGUGGUGACUGACGUGGGCGAGUAUGAGGCCGUCGCUCUUGCCAGCUUCGGGCCCGAGCACGCCGGCGAGGAUGAACUUGAAGGUUUUCAUGUAGGGAAGGAGAACACACGCUGGGGCAUAGGCGCCGGACAUAAAGUCCUGAAUCCAUACGGUUUUGGAAAACGGCAGAUAUGGUACGACGUUGGCCACCACGCGGACGCCACCGCGGAGAGCUUCACGCUUGCCGAGUGGAAGUUCGAGAAGUAUCGACACCACCCGCCUCUUCCGCCGGCGGGUCAACCCGCCAUCGAAUCCGACGCCGCGACGGACGGACAGAUUCGAGCCCACGCCCAGAACUGGGCCAGAUACCUCUCCGACAUGCCGGCUAACAAGAUGACACCCACGGAUGUUGCGCAGGAAGCAAUAGACAUACUUUGCCCACUUGGCGUCAAAGUAACCGCACACGACAAGAGCUGGAUCGAGGCCAACAACAUGCAGGCGUUCCUCACCGUAGCCAGGGGUUCCUGCGAACCCCCAAUCUUUCUCGAGUGCGAGUAUAAAGGCCUGGAUAGUGGGAAUGUUAUUCUUAUGGCGGCUAAGGGCGUGACUUUUGACAGCGGCGGUCUGUGCCUCAAGAAGCCUUCGGAUAUGAUCGAGAACAGAGGAAGUAUGGCGGGCGCCGCUUGCGCGCUCGGUGCGAUACGGGCUUUAGCUGAGCUCAAGGCAAAAGUCAACGUGACUUUAGUGGUGCCGCUCUGCGAGAACAUGAUCUCAGGCCAAUGUAUGAAGGUCGGCGACAUUGUACCCGCUCUCAACGGGAUCAACAUACAGAUUGAAGACACGGAUAUGGAAGGCAGGUUGAUGUUGGCAGACGCGCUGGUGUACGGACAGGCCAAGUACAGGCCCUACACCGUCGUCGAUGUGGCUACGCUUACACACGGAAUCAAGAUGGCGACCGGCGGCGGCUGCUACGGCUGCUUCUCCAACACGGAGUGGCUGUGGGAGUGCGCCCGGCGAGCCGGCGCUGUGUCCGGCGACCGGCCCUGGAGGUUCCCGCUCUGGGAUUAUUACAAGAGGCAAAUUGUUGACGAUCCAUCAGUGGAUUUAAGGAACCGGGGUUCAGGAAAAGCAACGCCCUGCAUUGGUGCGGCUUUCCUACAGCAAUUCGUCUGCACCGAUUGGCUACACUUCGACAUAACCGGCGUCGGUAAACUGGCGCACGACCCGCCGCCAUACUUGUGCUCGAAGCGCAUGAGCGGCCGUCCCACACGAGCGUUGACGCACACCCUCGUGAACAUAGCCAUGCAUGACGAGUGCAGGACCAAGUCAUAG